AUGGAUCCAGAUAGCAGUGAUCCUCCACAAGCAUCUGGCGUUGCAGCGGAUUCAAGUCAGGUCUCUGUAACACUUUCACGAGAAGAUGACGGUCCCACCACCGAACAAAAUGAAGGCGGUCGGGAUUCCGGGGAAGAGGCAAGAGCACCCGUUCCCUUUCCGGCGCCCACAGCAAACGGCACAGCAGCAAAUAAUGAAGAAGAGACGAUCGUAUCCGCAAGCCUUGCUGCGAACAAUGCGCCCGAUGUUGACAAUGUGCCAGACGGUACUGCCACCUCAACACAGCCAUCUUCGCCUCCGACUGCAGGACUUCAGUCAAUCAAUGUUACCACUGCAGCAUGGAAGUCAUGGAAGAUCCGUCCGCCAUGGCUGACCCUCCUCUUCACGCUGAACAUUGCGUUUGUCACAACAAUUCUCACUCUUGAUUCCUUCUCGAAACGCAACCAUGGCUUCGUGGGAUUGGGGGAUGCUCCGGGAUUCCUGGCACGCGAUCCGAGCCUGGAGCAGGCUAUAUGGACGCAGGGCAUAUUUUACACGGCCCUACCCGCCUUCAUCAUGACCCUUUUCCAAACCGCUUGGCACGCAGCGGUCGCCGCCUUUGCCGAAAGGCAACCCUACGUCGAGCUGAAGACAGGCGGACCAGCCAGGACAACCAUCCUGUUGGAGUACACCGAGCCCUUUGCGCUGAGUUGGUAUACGGCGUUCAAGAACGAACAUUAUCUGCUUGCGGCUUGCAUGUUCUCCUCGGCCACGUUGGUGUUUUUGGUCGUUCCAUUGACCUCGUUCCUCUUCACGACAGCACAGCCCAAGUCAUCCCAUCCUCUCCGCUUGUCGGCAGAGACUGCUUUCAACACGAGCAUCCUCGGCCAAUACCCUUCGUAUCCAAAUCUCAGGUUCAUGGACACGGCAGCAGCCAUUCACAUCCAAGGAGCGAGUCCGCCUCCAUGGACCGAUGGCUUGCAUGCGUUCCCGUCAAUGGCACCCUUGAACCCCUUUGGAGGAGGCAAUGUGACCUUCGAUAGUGUGGCGUAUUCUGCUCAUGCUGAUUGCGUGCACCUGGAGGAAAAGUCGUACCGCAGGCUGAUCCAGAGGCCAGAGGACACAGGACUACCCGCCAUCACCAUCACCGUGUUCGCCAACGACCGCGGUUGUCAAAUCUCAACCAGUUCCAACUUCCGGCUAAGCCCCGAGGCUCCCAAGAUAUCCAUCAACAGCUGGACCACGACGACUUGCCCACCACACGCAGGUUGGAGCCGUUUUAGUUUUCUAGUCGCUCGCAUCACAGAAAGCCACGAGAUUGUGAACCUCAGCUUCGUAUCUUGUGCCCCGUCUUAUCGGACGAGCAAGGGAAAUGUGACGGCCACUUGGGCAGUAGGGUCAACCAGUCCAGCCAUAGCGUCAUUUCAGGUGACCAAUGUUUCCGAGUCAAGGUCUGCCGCCGUAUGGAGGUUCUUCGAGAUGGGCUUUCAGGCUGUAGGCUGCUAUGACCCCAGUGCUGAUAUCGACACAAACGAGUUUGGCAGGCAAGUAUAUCGUCUUGCCAGCCACAAGUCAUCCGCAUCAGCAUUGCUUCCACAGACAAUCAUCGAGUCUGCCCAGACCAUGUUCACCACAAUGUAUGCUAUCUUUGCCAAUCUGUAUCUUCUUCAAAAGACCGAUGCACCGACGAUAACGGUGGGAACAACAUUUGUUCAAUCAACUCGCCUGACUGUCGUAUCUCCCAUUGCAUAUAUCAUUGUCGGCAUAUUGCUUUUCAUCGAGGGUUUCAAUGUGGCACUCUUUCGUCUCGGCACGCAGGAAUCGAUAUUGGAUGAAGAGCCCAUAGGAAUUUUAGGUGCCGCUUCGAUCCUCCAUGGAAGCGAAGACAUCGAGGUCGCCAUUCGCGAAGCCAAGUUGGCCUCCAAGUACAAGAACAGAGUUGUGCUGACUCCUUCAGAUGAUUCUUCGAAGCUGUUUGAAGGAUAUAUCUGGAGAUACAAGCAGGGGAAGCUGGGACGGGACUUGGUUCCCGGCUCUCGAAACCAAAAUCCCUCCAGCACAUAUAUGCUGGAGAAUCUGUCCCAAGGAGAAACGCAAGAUAAUGCCCAUCGCACCCCAGAUGGAAGCAGACAACCAUGUGCAGGAGUUGUCGCUCAAAAUGGACCUGGAAGAUCUUGA